AUGGAAACAGUUACAUAUGCCUCGACUACUGUCGGGGAACCCAGUGAAAAGAAAUUGGAAGACGCGUCGUUAGCACAGCAAGGUCUGGAGCAUCUAGAGGGAUUCUCAGAUGCCGCUUAUAUCGAGCAAUUAGGGCGACAACGGCCGCCAUGCUUCCCUAAUUGGUGGUCAGAACUGACCUUUUGUUUCUCCAUUAUGAUGUCCCAGAUUCUUGCAGAAUAUUACAUCUCGGGCUCUAAUGUGCUUCUUCCAACCUUGGUUAAAGAAUUGCAUAUCCCUGCUGCUUCGACCAUAUGGCCGUCCACAGCAUUGUCCCUUGUCGUGACAUCGACGCUUCUCAUAUUUGGUCGUCUUGCGGAUAUGUAUGGGGGAUACGUCCUAUACGUGGCAGGGUUUACGUGGAUGAUCAUCUCUUCUAUUCUAGCCGGCGUCUCACAGUCGUGGCUGAUGCUGCUUAUCUGUCGAGCGCUCCAGGGUUUGGCCCUCGCCUGUUUCCUCCCUGCGGGCAUGAUGAUCUUGGGCAGUAUAUAUCGACCUGGUCCCCGGAAGAACCUGGCGUUCAGCAUCUACGGGGCUUGUGCAGCGCUGGGCUUUUUCACAGGCAUCUUCUUCUCUGGCCUGUGCAGCCAGUAUCUCACUUGGAGAUGGUACUUCUUCAUUGGUGCCAUUCUCUCGGCGAUCACCACCGUCUCGUCGUAUUUUUCCAUCCCGAGUGACUAUGGCGAGAAAAGGAAGUUGGGGAUUCAGAUGGACUGGGCAGGGUGUUGUCUUUCAGUUCCGGGCACCGUCUUGCUGGUCUUCUCCAUAGCAGAGAGCUCCUUUGCUCCCCAGGGAUGGCGAACGCCCUACAUCCCCGUAUGUUUCGUGCUGGGGGUCAUAUUGCUGGGGAUCAUGGCGUAUGUUGAGGGAUGGGUGAUGCCGAACCCGCUUCUUCCGGGCGAUAUGUUCCGAGUCAAACACAUGACGGCUCUGGUCUUCGCACUGCUUUUUCUCUACGGGAGCCUUGGGACAUUUCUUCUCUAUUCGGUGCUCUACAUGUCCAAUAUAAUGGGGGCCACACCCCUGCAGAUAGUCGCGUGGACUGUCCCCAUGGCAGCUGGCGGCCUCAUCAUCUCAGCGAUUGGGGGUCUUGUUUUCCACAAAAUAUCCGGAACGAUAGUCAUGCUCAUCUCCUGUCUUGGGUACGUGGGCUCUGGGAUCCUUUUUGCGGUGAUUCCGAUCGGCGGAAACUACUGGGCUUUUGUCUUCCCGGCAAUGAUCUGCGGUACCAUUGGCAUCGAUAUCAGCUUCAACCUGGCCAAUAUCUUCAUCACCACGAGCAUGCCCAAAGCCAGACAGGGGUUGGCCGGUGCCUUGAUCAACUGUACCCUCCACCUGGGGAUUGCCCUCAUGCUGGGGUUUGCGGACAUCGUGCAGACCCAGACGAAGGAUCUCGAGCGCAGUCAAAGCUACAAGGCGGUGUUUUGGUUCCAAACAGGGCUGGCCUCCACGGGUCUACUGAUUGUGCUGUUCUUUGUGAGGAUUCAUCAUGCGAAGAGUGAUCUGACAGUGGAUGAGAGACAGGCACUAGCGGCAGAAGCUGCUCGUUCCCCUUCCUCGCAGUAG